ACUGUGUCACUCCCACUUCUUUCUCUUCGUGCGUUUCUCCUUCCAAACUCCUCUCCUUUUUUUUUUUUUUUUUUUUUAGUUGCUAAAAAAAAAAAAAUCUCAAUUCGAAAUUUAGAGAGGAAAAAAAAGGAAAAAAAAGGAGAAAGGAAAAGGGGAGGAUCUCGAGAUCGAAUUUGAUAAGCGAUGAAGCGAUACAGAGGAUUCAGAUUAGGGCGAAAACUCACAACCUUGUGGAAAUGGGCAUUUCGUUGUCGUCGCCACCACCACCACCGAAGCUACCUCCGCCUCGAUCCCAAACCCUACUCCCCCUUCCAAUCCCCGCCUCCUCCGCCCCAAUCCCUCUCCCUCUCCUUCCCCAACCCCAACCCUAACCCUAGGAAGCCACCGGCGAUGGCGGCGAGGAUCUUCGACUGGGGCCGCCACCUGAUCACCCGCCGCCUCCGAUCCAGCGGCGGCGAUGGCGCGGCGCUGAUCGAGGGCGAGGAGGCGAAGCCGCCGCCGAAGGGGCACAUGGCGGUGUACGUGGGAGGGGGGAGGAGGGAGGGGGCGGCGGCGCCGCCGCGGAGGUACCUGGUCCCGGUGAUCUACUUCAACCACCCGUUGUUCGGGGAGCUGCUGAGGGAGGCGGAGGCGGAGUUCGGGUUCCGCCACCCCUGCGGCGGGAUCACCAUCCCCGUCCCCGUCGCGCAGUUCGAGCUCGUCCGCACCCGCAUCGCCUCCGCCGCUCCUCGCCGGAGAAGAUGAUCGACCUCGUCGCCCCCCACCAUUGCUGUAAUUCUCGCUGUACAUAACCACACCCGAUCCCCCCCUCCCCCUUUUAAAUUUUCUCGUUUUUUUCUUUUUUCCUUUUCUUUUUCGGCUUUUUGGUUUUCCGGGUGUAGAAUUAUCGAUUGGUGAUGAAGCUUCUAGGGUUUUGGAGAAGGUCGAAAUUAAAUGGUUUGAUUUGGGAAUUAUUUGUUUGA